UUCCACGCCAUUACGCCAGGUCACCACCCGAACCUUGUCUUUUAAAACCGAUCUCUCCCUUCAUUUCCUUCAAUCAGAUUCAGACCAAACCAAUAUUUUCAGAAUAUUUGGUUUUCUUCCAAAAACCAAAAGUACCCUCUCUGUCGCUCUAUUUAUUCCUUUCACACAAUAAAAAGAAGAAAUGGAAGGUCUUAUUCCAUUUGUUUACAGGGCUAUAGUCCAAUACAAGAAUGGAAGAGAAGGCCAUGUUUUAGCAAGAUGGUUCAAUGAGUCACCCUCGCCUUCAUACAUGAGACUCCCUACUGGAGAUUCUGGCAGGUUUCAAAUAUCUGAUAAACAAGUCUUUCAAUCAGAUUAUGGGAAUUUUUCUACUUCUUCUUCAUCACCAUCUUCCCUGGCUACUUCUUCUUCUACUACUAAGAUUAUUUUGUCAACCGGAGUUCAGUCUCCUGUCUUCGUUUGACUUCUCGCCGCGUCGUUACAUGAUAAUCAUCAUCAUCAUCAUCGAAGCUAAACAUUACAUACUGCAGUGACAUGUCUGAAGGAAGCCGAAGAUGUGUAUGCAAUAAAUAAAGUAUGGGUUUGGGGCAAUUAAUAAGCGUAUGGAAAGCCCAAAGGGGAAGCAUAUGCGUAAUUUGUAUUUUUCUUCUUUAUUGUGAAAUAUGAAGGGAUCGUGUAGCAAAACAGAAAAAGGAUGAACAAAGAGUCAAGGGUGUGGGGAGACCAAAAGGAUUGCCUUAUGCCUUUGUGUUGUUAUUAGGCUAGUGUGUAAAUAUAUCCAACUGUAAUGUUUGAGAGAUGUUUUCAUCAAUAUUUCAAGGCCAAAGGGCUUCUUAUUAUGUUAAUUGUGGAAUCAAAUAUAGUAAUAAUCAGUUUGUGCUUGUGUUUUUCCUCUUUGAA